AUGAGUAAUGAAUGUGUAAUUCAGUUAAGAAUUACAGACCCAGUGAAGGCUGUAAUCAUGACAAUUGGUGGACGAGAAAUGGAUGUGACUACGGCACCAGGACAUACUCACAAUUCAUCACCAUGA